UAGAACUGGAACACGUCUCUGUUUUCUGUAUUCCCCAUCCAUGUUGCAACAAUUUAACAUUUAAUUCUUGUUUUGUAUCAGACCUACCAGAAGACCCAUAUGUUCUCACAUGUACAAAUUCCAAUUACUACAAUGACAGAAAACAAAAAUCUGGUUACAUGUUGUGCUGAUCAAUGGAGUUGUAUAUCGUUGUUUCAUAUUUAUUUACAAACUUGUAAAUGUUGGUUUGUGAUCAAUGUUUGCUUUAUUUUUUGCCAAAAAAGAUUUUGAUUUUGAACUUUUUGUAACAGGCUACAGCAGCUUCUGUCAGUAUGCCAGAAUUGUGCUUAUUGGAUUUAUUGGGUGUAUCUCUUAGCAAUAAAAACAGGGUUCUUAAAAAUUACGAUUAAAAAAAAUUGAAAGCAGAUUUCUUUUUUAUUAAAUCGAUUUUUAUUUAAAUCGAUCCUUGUGUGAGUUGUCCAGAAGACUGUUGGUAUGAAUAAACUGUUUAUGCAAAUUUCAAUUAGGAUAAAACAUUUGUACUUACUAACACAUGUAUAUGCCUUGUGUAACAAUUACAGAGACUUCACUGAAUAAGUAUAAAUCUUUGGUGUUCCAAUUUUGAUGGUAUAUGGCAACACUGCUAAAUGCAUGUAAAUGGAAUGGCUAUUCCAUAAGCAGGUUUUCUCAACUGAAAAACUCAAAUGAUUUUCUAUCAUAUCGUUCUAACCAUCCAUAAGCAAAGUGGUAAUACGCAUUCAAAAUUUCAAAUUAUGACCUGCUGCAAACAAAACUGUCUUCAUUUUCCUUUAUGGUGAAAAGUAAAGAUAAGUGAAGAUAAAUAUAAAUGUGUAGAUGUUUUAAAGGCAUCAGUAUAUUAAAUUUAGCCAUUUCUUCCUUUCAAAUACCCAAAAGAAAAGGUUUCUUUAACAUGAAUGUUUUCAAAUGAUUUUUGAGCGAUUUAAGUCAUGAUUUAAGGCAACGAUGUAAAUCGAUUGAUUUCAAUCAAACUUUGCAUGGAAACAUGUAGCAUUUGUUCACACAGAUGUGAUCAAUCGCUUUGGGUGUGUACACUUUGUAUACAUGUACAUAUUGAUGAUGAUCUUUGAUGCCACCCCCAAAGUCAGUGAUCAAGACACCUGGCUUAUCAGCAUCUGUUAACUCUUAUACAUUUUAUUUAAAACUUCGUAAGCUUGAUGUUGUCAUGUAAACAGAGAAAAAUAAAGACUGGGUUUGACAUAAUUGACUGUUUUUGCUUAUUUUGACUUAGUCAAGAGAUGCACAUGUAGCAUCUUAUUUACUAUACAGGUGCAGAAACCAGAUGGGGGUUUGGGUCAUUGCCCCCCCCCCAUUCAUUGCUAAUAUUUUUUUGGGGGGGCUUACACAUGUAAUGGUUUGAAGAUCUAAUACAUGUAUAUGUAUGCAUAAACCAUAUAAGGGUCUUAUUUUGUGUGCACUGUCAAGGACAAACAGAUCCAAUGGCUUCACAAAUGGUGACUACAUGUAGUAACCCCCCCCCCAAAAAAAUCAUGGAUCCACCCCUAUAACAAGUUCUUGUUUUAUUUCAUAAAGUACUUCGACAAAUUUUUUGGGGGGGAUGGGAAAAAUUCUGAGGAGUUCCCAAAGAUCUUUAGUUUUAUUCUGCAGCUUUUAUUUAAUCAUUAUUUAAUAAGAAAAUAUUAGCAACUCAAUUUAAGCAAUGCCUUUUAUUCUUUAUUUCAUAGCAUAUACCAAACAUUAGCAUUUUAAUUGAUUUUAGAUUUGGUGUUAUAGUUUAACAGGUUUGGAUAAAAAAGCGCAUUUUUGUUAGUUUGAAAAUACACCUUUAACUAAUUCCUGAUUCUUUAAUACCUUAUGUUUGUAACGACCGACCACAUUACAUAUCAAGCGUAACAGACUAACAAUUUACCAUUUAUAUAACAAUUUGUAUGUUGGCAGUAACAGUGCAAAGCUAUUGUUGGAAUUCCUUCGUUUGAUUUCUUAACGGUCAGCUACUUUCUUUUGUCAUGUGGAGGUUCAAUUUAAUAUUUCUUUACAUCAAUUUUAUCCCACUAAGAUCCAAUUUGAUUUUUUUAAAUCGAUUUUUGUUUUUAAAUACUUUGUACGAUAAAUCUGUUGCUUUUAUAUGCUGGAGAUACAUGGUUUCUCACCCAAAACACCUUGAGCGACAAGCCUGCACACAGUCUCUAGCGUCUCUAGAAUCUCAUCGUGGAUGUCAUAAGAGGCUUAACUUGGGGGGGGGGUGGUUGCGGAAAUAAAUUCAUGAUCCCCUGAAGUUUGCACGAAGAAUACAGUUGCAUAUACCACCAGGGCUACCCCCAGACUCAUAGCUGGAGUUUUGUCUUGAUUAAACCAUGGUCUGGAGGUGGUGAAACUAAAUGACCAAGCAUGACCAAGUGCCCCUGUAAGCUUGACCCUACUACGCUGACACGCGGCUCCUGUAAAACGGCUGAGUACAUUUGCACUUCCAUCUUCCAUGGAGCGAUUCAAAGGUCCAAAAUGCGUACUGUGGCUGCUAAUAAAUGGCAGCAUCUGAAGUCGGAAUUUUUGGCAAUUAACCAUAGGGCUGGGUUAUUCUUUCCACCAAACACAAUUUGUCUUCCGCUUUGGGUUACCGGUUAAUGCACCUAAACCAUGGACGAAGGAAGAUUUCCUCUUGGCAUCAGUAGUCCUGUUUCACUCUGUGAUCGUUUGAAGAAUAACUUUGAUGAAUUAUCUCAUUCUGAAAGUGCUGCAACGGUAGUCGUGAUGCCACAGGAAAAUGGCUCUGGUGAGGGGGCUGCCAAAGUAGAACAUUCGGCUUUAAGUUAUAGACAGUCCUACUUUCAAGAUAUGCCACUCCCUUACCCAAGACCUCUGCUUAUGAACAAACCAACAAGCUUCAAAGAAAAGAAGAUGUCUAAUACCAAUGUACGAACCCGACCUAUCCGCCUGAGACCAAGACGUCCACUUUGCAGUAAAUGCCGAUCUCAGUGUAGCAAUAAUGUUGCUGCAUCUGCUUCACAUACCUCAGGGAAAAAGAGUGACAAGCUUUCAUUGAUCAGGAAACAUAAAAAGGAUGAUGCCUCUACCAAAUGUGUGGCAAACAAAAAAAACAAAACUACCACUGUAGAUGUGCCGGAGGUACGUAAGACAAGCCCAGUGAUAAAGAUAUCAUAUGCAAGUCCACAGGGUAAAGGGCAUGUGGUACGAAUACCAGCUAAAACACAUUCAGCUAGCUACAGAAACAGUACUGAAUCUAACCACACUAAUAAACUGAAACAGACUGAAAAACUGAAAUCACAGAAAAUACUGAAAAAGGCUAGAACUCCACCAAAGAAUAAGUCAACCAAACCAGUGCUGAAUGGCUUUAUUCAUGGCAGUGACUCCAAAUCAUACCAUGAGCAGCAUAGACGAAUUCGCAUCAUUAAAUCAGAGGGUACCUACUACAGUACAGCAACUAAUCAUUGUGAAGAUUCCAAGAGUGACACCAGGAGUCAGUUGAAAGAUCAGUCUGAAAGCUUAACAUCAUCAGCAACUGUGGCAGCAAGCAGUUUGUACUGCAUUUCAAAGACAACUUCGAAGGAGCAUAGGGAACCCAAUGUGAAAAGUAGUAACAUCCAAGAAAGUAAUAUGCUUGGCAAAGGCAAUGCACUUGAAUGGAAUACAUCAAGGGAAUACUCCAGCUACAAUCAAGAGAAAAGUGGUUCAGAUCACAUGGAUGUUAGUUCCAGUGUUGAGGGCAAUAUGGAUGUGUGUUUGGAAUCAGAGGAAAGCAACAUGAUCUCUCUACCUGGAAAGGAUCGUGUACCAUCCUUGAAAGUGCAGGUACACAAGAAAAAUGUUACCAAAAGUCGUUUACAAGAUGGCCGUGAAAUGUGUAUUGGUGACAUAGUAUGGGGCAAGAUAACUGGAUUUCCAUGGUGGCCAGGUCGUAUUGUUGAGAUAGUUGUAAGUAGACAUGAAGAUGGUACUUUGCUUAGUCAGUUGGCACAGAUCACGUGGUUUGCUUCAACAACAAUCUCACAUAUGCCAUUGACUGAGUUAUACCCAUUUCUUCCUUACUUUGCUGAGCGCUAUAAUCGUAAGAAGAAGGGGAUUUACAGAGAUGCUGUAAGACAAGCCACUGAGGCAGCAACUACUCUUUCGGCAGAGGUUCGUGCACUUAAUACAAUGUUCGAAACCUCAACAUUACAACCAUAAAUAUGAACACUUGAAAAUUUAAGAUCCUUCUCAAAGAAAGGACAAGAAAUCAUGGCCCUCACUUUGCCUUGUGACAGAAAAGUUGUACUUGGGACUUUUUAAAACUUAGCAGGCAGGGGUUUCUGAUGUACUUUUUAACUUGCAUUUUGCCAUCACUGCCAAACUCAAGAAAUUGGUAUGCUUUCCAGUGAUCAUUGUAAAAUAGUUCCAUUGUUCUUUUAAGGCUGUGUUUUGUUCGUUGUAAUUUUGUAGUUACCAGUAAUUUACAUCAUGUAAGGGGGGAAUUGGUUUCAUAUUAACAGCAAUUGCUUUACAUCAAAACAGUUUGCAAGAAUGUCUGUCUCUGACCUCUAGUUUUUGUGUAGGACUUGAUUUAUAAAAAUGCAAGAGAACAAACAUGAAACCAAGCUGAGAGUAACAGGCUGUAGAUAAUGUAUCAAACUAGGACCUUGUGCCUGUUGAUAAAUGCCUGUUGCAAAGCCCUGUUUAUUUACUGGUACUUGCUGUUGGAAAAGUACACAUGCAUGUCCAGAGACCCACAUGUAAUUCCUACAAUGCUGGCCCACGGCUGUGUGAAUGACAUGUACUUUCCCUUUUUCUAUAAUCGCUUCUCCACUACCCAUGAAUUAGGGGAGAACACUUAACUUUCAGAGGAGUUUUUUUCAGUUGGCUGAUUAUAUAGCUUGCAGCAGUACAAACUCUUGGGAUAUUAUUUGCUGCACUUAAAUUGUAACCUUCCUCUUCAUAUUUAUCCAAUCCAAUUGAUUUUGAUAAAUUCAGGACAGUUUAGUUCAGCCGCUGUAACUAUUUGUCAGUGUAUCAAUGAUACGCCAUGCUGUGGAGAUGCCAUCGGGUAAUUGCACAUUGCUGUUGAGAGGAUGGUUCUUUACACUACCUACUGUAAAAUGGUGGUGUGUGUUAAUUUAAUUUCAUUUAUGUGUACACGAUUUGAAUACAAGAUGGCUGAUUAUACUGUUGGAGUCUUCAUGUUACAUGCAGGUGUGUAUCAUGUGAAUACUGCCUUGUGCCAUGUUACUAAACACAGUGUGUUGGUAUACAUUACAGUCAAGGAAGGGUGUACAUAUAUUGGAGGUGUACAGGCACUGUAAGUGGGCAUGGAUGAGGGGAUUAUAAUGAAACUUUACACCCACUGAAUGGGGAAAAUUUGGAAGGAGUGGUAUUAGAGAUUUUCUAAUACAUGGGGGUUCUAUUGAAUAUGCAUUGUGUGUUAAUUAUUGUCCAUACAGGCAUAUUCAUGUUAUGCAAGAUGUGCAUUUUGGCUUGCAUUCUGAAAUUUUUGAAUGGGAAUUUUAUGCAAAACUUCCAUUUUCAUAAGCAUUCUUGGCCUCUUUCAUGUUGUCUUUUCUGUCUCCUCAAUGUUGGGCAGCGCCCUCGCAGAACCAACUCAGUCAAGAGUGCACAUGGUGUGUCGCACAUGCCAGAAUUCCAAUCAUGUUCAGACAGUUUCCUUACUCUUGCAUACCUAGCUAAGAUUAAAUUUAUAUGAAACAGCAUAGUGCACUUGAAGUUUAUAUUAAUAAUUCUUGUACGAGUACAUGUUCAUCAUCUUAAUGGUAAACACAGAUUGGUGUGCAUUAUGUGUAACAUAACAAAUUGGUUGAUGGUUUGUCAUUUGUGACCCAUGAAAGGGGAACAGAAAAAUAGGAAAGUUGAUUGCAUAGUGUUUGAUCAUGCCUACCUCCUUGUCUGUAAUAUCCACCUUCAAUAGACCUAAAACAUUCAGUGUAAUGAUGUCAAAGUUUGUUUACGGUUGCGCUUCCCUAUGGGGACUCGAUGGAACACAUCACACCUCACUACCAUGAGGCCUGUUUAUUUCACACGGAGCUGGUUUGAGAGUUUUUCGUAUCAGUACACACAUAGAUAAAUACUGGACUGAAUCUGUUAGCAAAAGCUUCUCCUGAACUCAAGUCGAAUUUGAUUUCAGCUUGUGUCUUGAAAUAUGUCUCCUAAAGGGGGAUUCCCUCUGCAUGAACAAGGUUGUAAAGUGUACUAAAAUUGCUUACAAAUUACCUGAACAAUACCUCAGAAACUUGCUCUUGAACUUAUUAUUUAUGCGACAGCAAUAUGAACAAGAACAAUGAUUAAGGUCAAGGUCAUUGUUCCUCAGAGAGUAAUCAGUGACAGGUUUAGAAGCUAUUAUUAUUGUGGCACCGUGCUUUUGUACAGGAGGUACAUUUACAAUCCCACUUAAUGACGCCUUUAGCCUGAAGGUGCAAUGCUAAUUUUUGCCAAAAUACAGGUACAUGUAAGUCUGAAGUUUAAGAACACAUGCAUGAGAAUGGUGCCACCAGUGCAGUGCCAUUGCAGUCAUGCAUCUCCUGGAAUUAAUUAUCUACAAUAUAAGGCCAAAACAAACGCUUGCAUUUUAAGUAAAGAUAGUCAUGGAAAUAUUUCCUCCUUAUGUUUUGUUUACCAUGAUGUAGCAGCUUACAAUUCAGCCUUUUUCAAGCCUUGUUAGCAUCUGUUCAAGGUAGCUUAGUGGCCCAUUCUUUGUUUAUACAGUGGAUUAUUUGUGGAAUAGUGAGACUUCUGUUGACUGAAGUCCUGAACUCUAAGGUUGUUUCUCAACUGCCAGUCAGUUUAAUGUCUUGUAAAUACAUGUAACAGUCAAAUAUUAUUCUAUACACUUGUUUAUGUUCAAGUAUUUGAGUACUUUGUUUCCCCUUUGUAAGCCGUGACUUUUUUACAUAACAAGUUGUACUUUGUACAUUGUACGAAAUGGGGAUCAUCCCUGUGCAAUUGACUCAUUUACACAGAGAACGUACAUGUAAUUCUACAUCCCAUAAAAAACAUCCAUUAUAUAUCUAGAAUUUCAUGGUUAAUCUCCGAUGGAAUUUUGAGAGCAGUAAUGUGUAAAUUAAAGUAGCAGUUGCAUGUGGAUCUGUACAUCUUAUGUGAAAUCAUGGAGCACUGGAAUGAAUAUAUGAAGAAGUUAGCAUGGUUACACUGCACAAACCAGCAAUGGGCCACUUUGUUGGUGUUUGUUACAGUUGUACUGUUCAGUGUUAUAAACAAAUAACCUCCUGUCACCUUCAGGCAUAGAAAGUACAACUCAAAUAGACGGCCAGCAUGUGACAAAAGUAAUUAAAAUUGUAACAGUAUUUACAUACAUGUAUAUUCAAUGUAUGAAGACAUCACGUGUUCAAAUCCAUGGUUACUCUGUUGCUGGAUGAUUUUUUUAAAUUCAGAAUACAUGUAUGUCAGUGGUGCAGCUUUUUGUAACUCUUACAUUAAAUAUGCUUUAUAUGUGCUUGAAGUAUCCAAGGCCUUUGUAGAAUUGUGAUGGCAUUCAUGGAAUGCCUUAUGGGUUGAUAGCCACGCCCAAACCUACAAUUUGCAGUGGAGAGUGGCCACCUCAUGCACUAACAACAAAAUGUAAGUUCUUGUUCAAAUGCAUGUACAUGUACUAUGCAAUUUGGUAUUAAGCUCUGUUAUCAUGCAUUUUGUCUGAAGGUUUUUUCAAAAACUGGAUGCCUGAUAACCCUCAGGCAGCCCAUAAAGAUAGGACUUGCUCUAUGGGCAUGAUGAGCAGGCAAACAAAACCUUUCAUUGACAUGAGAUAUCGGCAUAGUCUGUACAGGCCUGCACGUGUUUCUGUUCUCUGUAUACAUGGAACAUGUAUACCAUGGACCUCCGGAUAUUUUCCCAGACAUUGACCAAUACAUUCGAAAAGUUCAAACACAUGUAUAUGUCUGUUAUGUCUUAAUGUUUUAUGUAAUUGUAGGAAUUCUGUAUGUUCACCUUUGAACAGAAAUAAAUAUUUUCAGUUUCAAAGAAAAUGA